AUGUCUUGUUGCGUCGACGCCGAUCUCAACGAUCUCGUCUUCUGCUGCUCCGGAAAGGUAUGCGGGCGGGCCGAGGUUUGGGAAAUCAGGCCACUGAUUUCUAGGCCACGGCCAUCUCGCUCUCCGUGAUGUUCUUCAUAACCGGCGGCGCGCUGGCCGGAUCCAUCAUCUAUCAAGCCGGCUCCUCAGAGUAAGUCCCCCCCCCGCCCCAACCAUCGGGGACCAAUAAUAAUAUCAUUGUGUAGACCGGAGGCUCACAACUACUAUAAUCUUCUGUUCAUUCCGAGUACGUUUGUGAGUAGUUACUGGAAGUACAGUAACCGUGGGAACAACCCUCAUUUCUGCAGAUCCUGAGCACUAUGGGCCUGUGUCUGUUGCUGGCGUUUCACAAGAAAAUCGUGCUGUUCAUCUGCAUCCUCUGGCCGCUCAUCGUCGCCGGACUCCCGGGAUACUUUAUCUACGAGACGUACGACAAGUAUUACAAGCACCGAAAAGCGCUGACCGGCUCGGCGGCCGCGCACAUCGCCAAGACGAACAGUGAGUGCGACCGUGGCCGCGUUUUCCCCCUCCCCCGUGGCCUAACUUUUGCUCCUCUUCCAGUCCUCAUCUACAUGCUGCCGAUCUGCUCGGCGAUCGCCGUUCUUCUCUCCGUCUACUGCAUUCUCAUGCUCUGCUGCCUUGCGUAUGUCGUGCACGUCUUCGCGUUUUUCCUAGUUUCUCGUUUCAGAUGCUGUGUUCGUGCGGAAGGCGGUCGCGAUCGGGAGGAUGUGUUCAGUUUGGAGUAUGGUAUGACCGACGAGACCGAAUCGAUGAACGGAGAUGAAGAGGAACAUGGACAUGGACAUGGACACCGCAUUCGGUAG